CCGUGCGCGAGGGCCGUGUGCGCGCCACGCUCUUCCUGCCCGCAGGACAAGGACCCUUUCCAGGGAUCAUCGACGUCUAUGGUGUUGGAGGGGGCCUGCUGGAAUACCGAGCCAGCCUUAUGGCUGGCCAUGGCUUUGCCACAUUGGCUCUGGCUUUUUAUGGCUUUGAAGAUCUCCCUAAAGAGCUCAACGUCAUAGAAGUGGACUACUUUGAAGAAGCAGUGCGCUACAUGCUUCAACACCCGAAGGUAAAAGGCCCAGACAUUGGGCUUCUGGGUCUUUCCCUAGGAGCUGAUGUCUGUCUGAUCAUGGCUUCCUUCUUGAAGAAUGUGUCAGCCACGGUUUCCAUCAAUGGCUCUGCAUUCAGUGGAAACAGACACAUACACUACAAGGAAACCAUGAUUCCACCAUUGGGCCACGACCUGAGGAGAAUGAAGGUGGCUUUCUCCGGCAUACUGGACAUUGUGGAUAUACGGAACGAUACAGUGGGGGGGUGUCAGAACCCCAGCAUGAUCCCAAUAGAGAAGGCCAAGGGGCCCAUCCUCUUUGUUGCUGGUCAGGAUGAUCACUGCUGGAGGAGUGAGUUAUACACUCAGAUAGCCUCAGCACGGUUACAGGCUCACGGAAAGGAAAGGCCCCAGGUAAUCUCUUACCCUGGGACUGGGCAUUACAUCGAGCCGCCUUACUUCCCCAUGUGCCCAGCUUCCCUGCACAAAAUAGUGAACGAAGCUGUGAUUUGGGGAGGGGAGGUCAGGGCUCACUCAAAAGCCCAGAUCGAUGCAUGGAAGCAAAUUCUAUCCUUCUUUGGCAAACACCUGGACAGUACGCACAGCAGAGCCUCCUGUAGAUUGUAGUGGGCUUGCCUGCAACAGACGUGGUAGAUUCAAGGUCUAAUGUUCAGUAACUAUGUGAAUCAGAUUUCUGCUGGAUGACAUGAAAUUCAUGUUUGGGGCACUGAUGGCUUAUAGGUCACUAUACUGAAUAAAUUAUGAAUCAAUAUGGCUAUUCUACGAACAAUAUGUGCUUGUUACAGGUUCGGCUAUAUGUGAUAUGAUAAGUAAAGUUUAAAAACAACCCCUUAUUAAAAUGUAUGAUUUCUUCUAAGCUCAGCA